UAUGGGUGGUUUGGUCGUAAAUGUACAAAGAUCAAAAGAUUCUAGACCCAUUGGUAUUUUCUCAAUGAAACUUGUAAAUGUUAGCGAUCCGAUCAGUCGUCACUAAUGACGCAGCUUAUAGUUGAGAUUGCCCGAGUCAUCCUCCUCUCAGAAACUCGAAAGUAGUUUUGGUCGUUCAAGUACUCUUUUGCUAUAUAUAAUUACUAGUAUUGGUUUAUUAUUGAAACAUCAUCAUACAAUACUCGUCACGAAUGUCUACACACAUCAUUGAGGUUGCCCGCGUCACCCCUGCCGCCGGCUCAGACUCGGUCCCCCACUCGCCCAAGAUUCCCUUGACGUUCUUCGACCUACCGUGGCUACUAUUCAGCCCAGUGAAGCGAGUCUUCUUCUUCAGACACACCGAGUCAACACGUGAGCAUUUCCACUCCUUCAUCCUCCCUAAACUCAAACUCUCCUUGUCCCUCGUCCUCCGCAACUAUCUCCCUCUCGCCGGCCGCAUAACAUGGGACCCAAACGAGCCGAAGCCCAGCAUCGUCGUCUCUCCAAACGACGCCGUUUCAGUAACAAUCGGCGAGACCAAGGCUGAUUUUUUUCUUCUCUCCGGCUACGGACAACGUCCUCUCUCUGAGCUAUACAACCUGCUCCCUGAGUUACCGGUUUCGGAUGACUCAGCAACCGUUCUCUCUCUUCAAAUCACGUUGUUUCCGAACAACGGAUUCUCCAUCGGCGUCGUAACACACCACGCCGUUUUAGACGGAAAAACGUCGAGCACUUUCAUCAAAGCUUGGGCUCACAUCUGCAAGCAACACCUCGAGAACAACGGAACCUCUUCUCUACCGGAGAAUAUAACUCCCUCUUACGAUCGUUCUUUGAUCAACCGCGUGACCGGAGUAGACGAAGAGAUGAUCGCGAUGCUGAGAUCUCUCAAAGGAGACGCAACCAACAGCAGCAGAAGCCUCACUCCGUUUCCCGCCAAAAAACUCGGAGACGACGUCGUCCUCGCGACGCUAGUUCUCUCCCGCGACGACGUCGAGAAACUCAGGGAGCGAGCCCAGCGCGAGUCACCAACACCGAGUCAUCUCCACCUGUCGACUUUCGUCGUCUCCUUCGCGUACGCGUGGACCUGCUUCGUGAAGGCGCGCGGAGGAAGCGACGAGAGAUCGGUGAGUCUCCUCUUCGUCGGAGAUUUCAGACACCGGUUGGAUCCCCCGCUUCCGGCGACGUACUUCGGGAACUGCGUGUUUCCGGCGGGUAGUUACGACCACGAGGCGGCGGAGUUGUCGAGAUUCGUUGCGGCGGUGGAGAUCCUGAGCGGUUUGGUGAAGGGGCUGAGUUCGCGGGAGAUAGAGACGGUCGCGGAGGCGUACGCGGAAGCGUUCCGUUUCGUGGAAGGGAGCACGCAGUUCGGGACUGUAGCCGGGUCGACCCGGUUAAAGGUUUACGAGUCGGAUUUCGGGUGGGGGAGACCCGUUAAGGUUGAUAUUGUUUCUAUUGACCAAGGAGAAGCGAUCGCGAUGGCAGAGAGGCGUGAGCAGUCAGGUGGCGUCGAGAUUGGAAUGUGUCUUAAAAAGACUGAAAUGGACAUCGUCCUUUCCAUUUUCAACAAUGGUUUACAAAAUUAAAACGGGAAAAAUGUUAAA